AUGGAGACCUAUCACGGCCAUGUGCGGACGCCCGCGGAUGCCAUUAUUCUGUUCGAGGCGUGUCGCAUCGGCCUUCUUCCACGUGUUCAGCGGCGCCUGUCUGAAAAGGAACGGCAAUCAAUCAAGUCUGGCUCUGUCUUUGUCUGGGAUGAGCGCGAAGCUGGUAUGCGACGAUGGACCGACGGCAAAUCCUGGAGCGCGAGUCGCGUAUCUGGCAGCUUUCUCUGUUAUCGCGAAAUGGAGGGCAAGCGAGGUGGCAGCAGCUUCGACAAGGGCAACCGCGACGGCAUGACCGGCCAGGACGGCGACUCUGAUGGCGGUCCUGACGGCUACCGAUACAAGCCAGAUGGGCUUAUGAAGCAGUCGUUCUCGAUCACCACCAACCAAGGCCAACAUCUCCACUUGAUCAGCUAUUACUCCCGGUCAACUACCGCAGCAAACUUGCUCCAGCCGACGAGUGACCCUCAAUUACGACACAUCCGCCCUGAAAAGGGCAUGUAUCCAGACUCGACUGUCCACGAACAGAGCAGCAUCCCCGCCGUCACGCGAGGUCCUAUGGGAUCUCCUGGAUAUGCUCAAGCCCCUCCUCAGCCACCGUACAACAGACCGCCUCACUACUACAAUCCAUGGGGAGCACCACCAAGCCCAAUGCAUACGCCUCCACCACACCCAGCUUAUGCGCACUCACCCUACUACGGCCACCCUCAUCACGCUCCAUAUCAUCCUGGCAUGUACGGACACCCUCACGGCGCAUACCCGCCGCCACCUGGAAUGACCGCCUUUGAUCGACCGCCGCCACCAAUGAGCAACAAUGGACUGCCACCGCCACCUCAUGCACAGUACGGGCCACCUAAUUAUCAAGGAAGCUAUCCACCACCCCCUCCUACGUAUCACUCUGGCUACCCAUACCAACCGCCACCGCUCCAGGCGCCACCAUAUCCUGCUGCUAACCACCAACCAUCUUACGACCACCAGAAGCCUCAAGACCAGCAGCAGGCUCAGCCAGAACCAAACGCUCAGAAGGACGACCGCCAAGACUCGCACCAGAACCCGCAACAGGCGACAUCUUCUCCUGUCUCAAAGCGUGAAGAGCCCCAAGCUACCGCAGGCGCUCAAGACUCAGCAGCACCAGUGCCAGCAUCUGCGCCUGCACCGCCUCCACCGGCAGCAUCUUCAGGCCAGACUAUCCCCAGCAUAUCAGCAAUGCUCAACGCUGGGGAGAACGGCCAGCCACCACCAAGAACGAGCAGCCGGAGUCCACCAGGCAGCGCGCCUCGCAGUGGCAUCGACAUCCCAAGCCACAAGCUGGGCUUCGAGGCGAGCAGAGACGUACAUGUCUUGCGCAAUCUCGACAAGCACUUCUGA